AUGCGCUCCCUCGUCGGACUAAUCGCUGUUGUUGCUACAGCCAGCUUGUACCUGUAUUCGCUGUCCCUGUAUCUUCCUGCGGCACCGCGGCGACGUCCUCAUCCAGCUGCCGACAGAAAACAUGUGGAGACAGAGGUGUCCACUGACAGCUCCGAAGAACCCAGCAGCAGGUUGAAGUUCCCCUCAGAUCUGGAGGAGCUGAGGGAACUGGCUGAGCUCCUGCAGUUUUACAAGACAGAGCACACUGGAUAUGUCCUGCUACUCUUCUGUAGUGCAUAUCUCUACAAGCAGUCCUUUGCCAUUCCUGGAUCCUCAUUCCUGAACAUUUUAGCAGGAGCUAUAUUUGGACCAUAUCAAGGACUGCUGCUUGCCUCUGUGCUCACCACUGUGGGGUCCACCAUGUGCUACCUCCUGUCCCAGGCCUUUGGAAAGCGCUACAUUGUUACCCUCUUCCCUGAUAAAGUCUCCAUGCUACAGAGGAAGGUUGGGGAGAACCAGGACUGUUUGCUGUUCUUUCUGCUCUUCCUGAGAUUCUUUCCCAUGACUCCCAACUGGUUUCUGAACAUGUCUGCCCCUAUUGUCAACAUCCCCAUCACCUUCUUCUUCUGCUCAGUCUUCAUUGGCCUCCUGCCGUAUAACUUCAUCUGUGUACAGACGGGCGUCAUGCUGUCUGAGGUGGCCUCGCUGGAUGACUUGUUUUCCUGGGAGAGGUUGCUGCAGCUGCUGGCCAUCGCCUGCAUGGCUCUGCUGCCCGGCGCCCUCAUCCGCCACUUCAGUCAGAAGCGUCUCAAACUGGAUGUCCAAACGCAGAAUGGGCUCAUCACAGAUAAGAAGGUCCAGUGAUUUGUUCUGGGAAUUAAUUUGUUCCCUGGUGCUUUAAUGCCAUCUGCCCUCAAGAGUGAAUGUAUUUAAAGAAAAACUUUGCCCACACAAGUGUAAAGGUUUCUUUUAUCUGGAGUCCCUUACUGUUCUGCAGCCAUCUGGAGAUGGAGAGCUUUUAGGAAAAAAUAAGACUGGCACAGUGGGAUUUGAUUCCAAGUUUUUUAUGUAACCAAAUGUUGGUGUUUUUGUGCCACAACUUUGUUUGGGCACAGUAUGUAUAUAGAUGUAUGAAUGUACAGUAGUCAUAUGGAGAGAGGGAAGGAAUUUAAGGAGACUGUUAUUAUACAGUAAUAAGAGUAUUGCUUCAAUGUAAACAGCUAGUGUUUCAAGUGCCUGUCACACAGUUAAAGACUGUUUGAAACUUCUACCUCCAACAUGGACUUGUGGAAAAGUUCAUGUAACAGCCUACUCGUGUUUGUUGUUGCUGGAUGGUUAAGAUGAUUGUUUUUUGGGUUUGUGAUGUCAAUUAUUUGAUUUGUAACUGAAAUGCGUAUCUUGUUUGACAAUCACAUUUUGCAAUUUAUAAAUUGUAAUACUAUUACUAUUUUUAAACUUUGAACUCAAAGUUUUUCAAAUUGUAUAAUUUGGCCUCAGUAACCAAUUGAAUUACAUCCUGGUUUUGUCAUGAUA